UCGCCGAUCGCUCCACGAGGGUUUGUUUUGUCGCAUCAUCGUGUAGUAAAACAUUGUCUUUUUUGACUAUAUAGCUAGCUAUAGGCAUACUUUUUCAGAUUUGCAUAAGUUACAAGUUUUUACAGGAAUCUAUUUAAAUAAAGUUUAAAAUGAUGAGCAUCAGAACUGUCUUAGCUUUGCUUGUUCCCACAUCCAUACUUGGAUUUUCAUUUUGGUGGUGGAAGCGGAAGACAAAAAAUGAAAUUUUAAAUGUAGAGAAACAAAACAGCCUAUUGGAGCAUGACACAAAAUGCACUAUGCUUUCCGAGUCUCUACAGAAAUCUCCUUCAAAAAGAGAAUACCCUGAUGAUGUGGACGACUCUGAAAUUUAUAUCGAAGAAAGGAUUGAAUCAAUUCCUGUAGAAAAACCAAAAAUAAGUUCUUCCUCUAUUAAGAGGAAAGCUGAAGAUGGUGAUGACGACAACUUGUCUGAUAGUUUCAUCGAAUAUGCCACAGAAUCUGUAGUGAGUUAUGUAAGUCAAGAUGAAGAACCUGUUAAAGUGUGCAUAGAAGAAAAAAUCAUUAACUUGGAUGAAAACUUAUUAGAGUCUGAAAACACGAACUUGUUUGGAGAAUUUGAUCAAUGUUCUGAAGAGGUGACACUUUGUGAUAUUCAAAAAUCUGACGUAAAAGUUAGUUCAACUGUAAAAGAGGGUGUACCUCUGAAGCGCUUGAGGCAUCAAAGCAGUUGUGAUGGCGAUAGUGCAUUUGUAGAAGACUACAGCUCAGAUAAUAUAUCUAUCAGUGGCUCUGACUCAUUAAAGUCUCCUGAGUGUAGUACCAUAGGUGAGUGUCCUAACUCUUCCUUGGAAGAUGCUGUUUCUGAAGAAGUAUCUUGUAAAGAAAUUGCAACUGAGGAAAAAUUUAGAGACUGGUAUGGUCCUGCGUUAGAAUCAGUAAUACGAGAAGAUAUAAACUGGGGCAGUACUCCCAUGUCAGAUAGUGAAGGUGAUGUUUCUGAUGCUUUGCUAAAUAAAACUAUGACAAUAGGUGGUGUCUCUCUAGCUAAGUUAAGCAUAUCUAUUGAAACUGAAGUAUCUGAACGGAAAAAAAAUAUUGGGAAAAAAUCAACACCCAAAAAAAGCCCAACUAGCCCAAACUUCAGGUCAAGAAAAGAUUCGAAAAGAAAAACUGUGAAAGAUAGUCCAUCCAAAAAGCAGACCCCUACAAAGAGCUCCUUUUCAAAAUUUGAAUCUUCUAAAAGUAAGAAGGACUCACCAAGAAAACAAACACCAAAGGCAAAAAAAGUGGACACCAGUGAUAAAGGCAUAGAUGGGCCAUGGCGUGAUGUGGACACUGGGGAAGUUGACAACACCCAAAAAAGCUUUGAUUAUGAAUUUCCUGAGGAGUUGAGUGGAAAGUUAAUUGGGAGAUCUGGAAAACAUGUAAAGGAACUAAAACAAAAAACAGGAGCAACUAUUUGUGUUGAGCCAGAAGUAAGAGGAGACAAACGAGUUGUUAGUAUAACAGGUUUGCAAAGUCAGAUUAAAAAAGCUGAAUCAUUACUAAGAGCGAGGUUUGCUACACCUUUGAAAAAGAUUGUCGACAAAGAUAUUUCAACAACAACUCAGAGUAUUAUCUAUACUCGUUUGUUAGAAGGAAAAAAAAAUGACGUCAUUGUGACUGCUAUUGUUGAUGUGGGCCAUUUUUUUGUUCAGAUUUUCAGCCCAGAAGUUGACGAAAAAAUUGUUCAGUUACAAACAGAAUUAGCAAAGUGUUAUACUUCUCCAAGAUUGAAGUAUAUGUAUUCUGACCAAGAUUUACCCAAAGUCAAUGAUUACUGUGCCUCGUUUAUUGAUAACACGUGGUGCAGGUUGAAAAUCAUUGAAUUAGUACCUGAAAACCUAGCUGUUGUGACUUAUUUGGAUUAUGGAGGUAAUGCUACAGUGCCAACCACUAUCUUGCUCAAAAUAAGGCCUGAUUUUAUGGAUGUCCCGGUUUUGGCAGUAGAAUGUCAGUUAGCGAAUGUUGCACCACAUGAAAAUGAUGUUGAAUAUCCAUAUGCAGCAACCAACGUAUUUGGUCAGCUCGUGGAGGGAAGGGUUCUUCAAGCAGCUUGCAAAACAAACGAAAACAGCGUUGAACGUGUCGAAAUCUAUUACUAUGAUGAAGAGAAUCAAAGGGAGGUAUGUGUGAACAAGGAACUGGAAAGUUGGGGACUAGUUGGAUGGAGUGAAGUUUAGUUUUUUGUUGGAUAAAUCGUAAUAUUAUAUACAUAUAUACAUAUAGUGUUCAGAUUUUUAUUAUUAAUUUAUAUAGGACCUUCCUAUUAUUCCUUUCAAUUUGGAAUUUUAAUUUUUGGUUUCUUGUGUUUUGAUCGAGACGGUCUGCAGUUUUUCAAGUCACAAAGUUUUUAGAAAAAAGAAGGACUAUAAAAUCUCAUCGUUUCAAGAAUUGUCAUAGUAUGCGUUGGAAAAUUUACUGGUUACUAGAAAAUCUCGAAAACACUUGGUUCACUUGAAAGGUCUUCAAUAUAAAAUUAAAAAAAUAUAAAUUUUCCAAAUUUAUAUAUCGUUUAUAUUCCCUUUUUUUAGGUGUUAAGCGUGUACAGAUAUACAAAUAUGAUAUAUUGUAUUUUAUUUGGGAACUUCUUCUGAUGUGUGCUUCGCAACUCAUUUUAAAGUGGGACUUAUUUGCAGGUUUUCUGAUGACCUAGGAAUGUAUUUUUUCUGCUUUAUUUUUUUGUUUUUUUUGAAAUUUAGUCAAACAUGGCCUUUACUAACGUCCAAAUUUUCGCUAUUUGGAAAUUUUAUUAAAAUAUUUUCAAAAAUCGUUAAAAACACGAGAAAAGUUUUUUAAAGGAUUUGUGGUUUCUAAAUUAAAAGAGUUUACAGAAGUUGUAUUUUUUUAAAAAAAUUAAAAACCCUUGAUUUGCACUUAAAAUCGAUACUCGUUGUUUUAGAAUGCUCAACAUUGGGUAGGCACUAAUUUUAGCUUUUUUUAUCAAAAUUAACAUUGAAUUUGUGUAUUUAUAUAGUUGACAAAGUUGGUAUAUAAAUAUUAACGGGUGGCAAAAUUUAAUGAGGUUGGAAAGUGUGGUGCAUUUUGCAAAGUGGUGUUGUUAUUUUAGUGAGCAUGUAGCUGCUGCUUUAUAAAGUUUUGGAUGGCUUGUUUACAGUUCUGUUUCGUUCUAAUGGCAAAGUCGAGAGACUGACUGGAAUUAAUAACAAUAUAGUAUUUUUUGUACUAAAGAGAGAUACCUGGUAGUAGAAGUGUCAAUUAUAAACAGUAAUUGACAAUUGGUUCUAUUUUCAUCUACUAGGGUCUGUUUCUUUCGUUCAAACGAACAUGAGCGAACGAACGUAUGUGUUCUAUGUUGCUGGGUUUUUUUAUUUGUUUUUUGGUAUUUUUAUGAAUUGUGAACUCGAUUUUACUCCACAAGCUCGUUUAUGCAUGGAUGACAAAUUCAAAGAAAGAUUCUGUGGGAUUUUUCUUUUUUAUCGCUUUUUGGAAAGUUUUUUUUUUUUAGGAUACCGUAUAUGUACCAGGGGUGGCCAGUUCUGGAUAUCUCUAAAAGCAUUAAAAGUUUGAUUUUCAAAUGGUAAAACAGGAUGGCCACAAAUUAUUUCAAAAUUGGUGGAAUUUGGUUUGGCCUAGAAAAAGUUUAUAUAAAAACACAUCUUUCAACAAUUAGUGGACAUCCUGUAAAAUUGACUAAAAACAUUUUUAAACUGCUGAAAGAUUUUUUUAGUUUGCUGGCCACUCUGGUGUCAUUUUUAACAUUAUUUCUCUGUGAAAGAGUGAAUUUAUUAUUUUUAACCGUUCCAUUUCUUUGAGAGCCAUUCAUAUUUUACAAGCGUGCUUACUGACGCGACUAUUUUUUUGUAUAUAGCAGUGCUAGCUAAUAUUGAAAUAUAUCUUAUUAUAAUCGGAAA